GGGGGGUGUGUGUUUUUUUUUUUUUUUUUUUUUUAACGAGGUAUAAAAAAACGGGCUGUCGUUGUUGGUGUAAGGGGAGGCCACCAAGACCAAGGGAACGAAGAAGCUGGGAAUGGGUGUUCGUAGUUGGCAGUACUCGAGUCUCAAGGGCUCAAGGGGCAGGCGGCGUGUGCGUCCGAAGGAUUCUGGAUGCUCGGGAGAUACCUGGACACGUUACAUCGUUUACCUGCCGUGCUUACCUUGAGGUAUCUUGCCGCGAAUGUGCAAGUGCAUUGGGGUAAACCCGUAAAAAAUUGCCUUGUAGAUCUUGAAUGAGAAAGAAUGGCCCAAGUAAAGAAAUUCCGUGUAGUGAAAGGUAGCCAUAGGAUGAUGAGCAAUUGCUUGUGAAAUCAGCAUUGGGCCACAUGUUUGUCUGAGGUUGAUUUUCAACCAACCUGUCAGCUGAACAGAAUACUAGGCGUUCCGUACCGUAAGCUUAUGAGAUGAGCCAAUGUCAUUGUUUGUAGGCAUUCGAAGAUACGGUCAUGUCCAUGUAUGGUAGAUCAUCUAGUUCGGCUAGCCGUGUGACGAUUGUAACGC